CUCUGAAACUCACCUCACCUUCCUGUUAGAGGAAGUGAAGACCUCUCCUCAGCUGCAGACUGAGUCUCUCCAUCAGCUCUCUUUCUCCAUCAAUCCAUCUGAUCCUGAGAUUCGCUGCUGAGCACCUGAACGCUCACUGCCAUGUCGGACAACGAGGAAGUGAUGGAGGAGUGUGAGGAGGAGGUGGAAGAAGAGGAGGCUGCUGAAGAAGAAGAACCUGCUGCAGAGGAGGAUGCCAGUGAAGAAAAAGACGGCGAAGGGGAAGCAGAAGAAGGAGAAGAGGAGGAAGCCAAACCAAAAUUCAAGCCAUUUAUCAUGCCAAACCUCAUCCCUCCUAAGAUCCCAGAUGGAGAGAAGGUGGAUUUUGAUGAUAUCCACCGUAAAAGGAUGGAAAAGGACCUGAUGGAGCUUCAGACUUUGAUUGAGGUUCACUUUGAGAGCAGAAAGAAGGAAGAAGAGGAGCUCAUUCAUCUCAAGGAGAGGAUUGAGAAGCGUCGCUCUGAGCGAGCAGAGCAGCAAAGAAUCCGCAGUGAGAGAGAGAAAGAGCGACAGAAACGACUUGAGGAGGAGAGAGCUCGCAAGGAGGAGGAGGAGGCCAAGAGGAGAGCAGAGGAUGAUGCUAAGAAGAAGAAAACCCUAACCAGCCUCCACUUUGGAGGAUACAUGCAGAAGCUGACUGAGAAACGAAGUGGCAAGCGGCAGACUGAGAGGGAGAAGAAGAAGAAGAUCCUGAGUGAAAGACGGAAAUCUCUGGACAUUGAGAACCUGAGCCAGGAAAAGCUCAAGGAGAAAGCCAAAGAGCUGUGGGAGUGGAUAUACGAGCUGGAGGCAGAGAAGUUUGAACUGCAGUACCAGUUCACCAGACAGAAAUAUGAGAUUAAUGUGCUGAGGAAUCGUGUCAGCGAUCAUCAGAAAACAUCCAAGAGGACCAAGAGAGGCCUUAGGAAAUAGACACUGACAUGUUAAGUCAGCAGUGUAACUAUCAGCCCUGUCCUGCAGCUGCCGCCUCAAACUAAGUCCUGGCUUUCCUAUCACACCCCAGCCCCACCUGUUUCCUGAAAACACCACCUACAGUACCUAUUAUGACCAUGUUUGCCAGCUCAGUGGAACUCUGUUGUUCUCCUCUUUUUCCCUUCCUUUCAAUUAGGUGUUGUGUUUAAUGGUGUAAA